UUUAGCUCUAGUGCGCAAAGACCAUGGCCCUAGAAGAUCGCUGUAGUCCACAGAGUGCUCCGAGUCCACCGCAUCAUCACCACAGUAGCCAGAGCCCGACGAGCACCACCACGGUUACGAUGGCAACGGCAAGUCCGCUGCCCGCAACGACCACCACUGCUAGCGCCACAAGUUCGCCUACCCGCGACGAGAUGUCGCUAGUGGUACCGAUCUCUCCGCUACACAUCAAGCAGGAACCGUUGGGCAGCGAGGGAAUGUUACCGAUGCCACCGAUGCAACUCUUACCUCCAUCACACUAUCAUCACCUGCCUCAGCAGCCGUCCCCACACCAGCCACAGACCAACGCUUCAACGGGCAACAUAUCCUUCUCAAUCUCCAACAUCUUGAGCGAUCGAUUCGGGAAGACUUCCGCAGAUCAGCCACCACCAGCACAGCAGCAAGUCCGUGAACUCAACAGUCCCGGACCGAUCCAUCCGGGAAUGCUCCUGCCCUACCCUCAUCAGCAUAUGCUUCAUCCAGCCCAUCCAGCACUGCUUCAUCCUGCGUACCAUGCCGGCCUGCACCACUACUACCCGUCUCAGCACCAACCGAUCGUGCCCCAGCCUCAGCGACCGCUCGAACGAAGGGACAGCCUAUUCCGGCCGUAUGACAUCAGCAAAAGUCCACGGCUUUGCAGCAGCAAUGGAAGCAGCUCGGCCACACCACUUCCCCUUCAUCCUUACCACACGGACAGUGACUCCACGCAGGACUCAAUGUCUGCACCGAGCCCGGCCACUUAUGGGGACAUUGCGUCUCCCUCGUCCGCAUCUUCCGCCAUCACUACCCCAGCCACCACGAGCAGUCCCACCGGGAGCGUGUAUGACUAUAGUCGCAAAACAAGCGCCCUGGACCAUCGGGCUGCGCUUCUGAAUGGGUUCAGUGCUGCUGCCAGCUAUCCGAAGCUGCACGAAGAGAUCAUCAACAGCCACCGGAAGUUUCAGGCGAAGUUGAUCGAAUCACAAACAAAGGCAGCGUUGGCGGCGGCCGCAACGGCAGCUGCUGCUGCUGCCUCCAUCUCCCAUCAGCAACCUCACAUCCCACCGCUCGGCAGCUUGUGCAAAACGGUGUCCCAGAUUGGACAACAUGUGGCCGGCACGGGCAGUCUGAAUGGAUCGGCACCAGCCGGGAAUGGAGUUUCGAAUGGGCAUGCUGGCUCUAAUACGGCUACUCCUACCACCAAAGCCACUCCGAAGCCGAUUCCGAAACCGGUGAGCUCGGAGCUGAAUGCGGGAUCAUCUUCCCAGGACACCGGGAUGGAGUCGUCGGACGAUGCCAAGUCGGAAACGAGCAGCACGAAAGAUGGCGAAAAUGGUAGCAAUCUGUGGCCGGCGUGGGUUUACUGCACGCGAUACAGCGAUCGUCCGAGUUCUGGUCCACGAUACAGACGUACGAAGCAACCGAAGGAAAAGGGCGACAAUGAGGAGAAGCGCCCGAGGACAGCCUUUUCCAAUGCGCAACUGCAACGACUGAAGAACGAGUUCAACGAAAAUCGCUACCUGACGGAAAAGCGACGGCAAACGCUUAGCGCCGAGCUUGGGCUGAACGAGGCACAGAUCAAAAUCUGGUUCCAGAACAAGCGAGCCAAGAUUAAGAAGAGCUCGUCGGAGAAGAACCCGCUCGCCCUGCAGCUGAUGGCCCAAGGUCUGUACAAUCAUUCGACCGUGCCGCUCACGAAGGAGGAGGAGGAGCUCGAGAUGCGCAUGAACGGCCAGAUCCCUUGAAUC